CCUCCUCCCCACCCUGUUCCCUCUCCCGGUCCUCCACACAAUGCCACCGCCUCCCCCUCUUCCUCUCCACUCCGCCACAACAUGUCCACUUACGCCUCCCCCGGUGGCUCCUCCUCCUCCCACUUCACCACCCUCAGCCUACCCCUCGCCAUCGCCGUCUCCCUCGGCCUCCUCGUCCUCCUUUCCGCCCUCCUCGUCGCCUCCUACGUCUGCUGUCGCCGCCAAUCCCGGGACCCCGACCCCGACCCCGGCCCUGCCAUCGCUGACGGCAUCGUCCUGCCACGCAUCAUCUUCGUCGCCGAGGACGACGAAGGAGACGGCGGCCGAGCCUCGGGGCUCGACCAGGCGGUCAUCAGCUCGUACCCUAAGUUCCCGUUCUCGGCGGCCAGUGGCGGGGAUACCGUCUGCUCGAUCUGUCUUUGCGAGUACCGGGAAGGGGAGAUGCUCCGGAUGAUACCCGACUGCCGCCACUACUUCCACCUCCUCUGCAUCGAUGUCUGGCUCCGGCUGAACGCGUCCUGCCCGGUCUGCCGAACCUCGCCGUUGCCCACGCCGGUUUCUACUCCAAUCUCGACGCCGUUGUCAGAGCUUGUCCCGCUCUCACUGUUCGCAGCUGAUCGCCGGAGGAGGAGUUAGGACUUCGCGGGAUAAUCGGUGGGUUACUAAGGAGAUAUGAGUUUGAAGAAGCAUGUGAGUAGCCAAAGGUGGACAAUAUAUCCCACUUCCUUUAUCCCCACAAUAUUUGGGUCUCUAUUAUCACCUUCAGUGGGAUCUAUAACACACUUUAUGAUAAAAAGGAACAUUGCUUCAAGUUUUACUGCAUUCUUGUCCUACAUAAUCUUUUCAAACCUAAACUACCGUAACAUGUGGUGGGAGUUAACAAGGUGCUUCUCUCUUAUGACUAGUGAUCUCUUUUGUUUACAGUAUUCAAUAACUCUAGAUCUCUAUGGCUUGUAUCCUCCACUUUUUCCGUUGUUAAUAAACAUCAGCUUAGCAA